GAGACAACGCGCGCUUUCACAAGUGGUCUUUUUUUUCUCCCCUCUCCCCCCCCCUUCUUUUGCACCAAUCGAUCCGGGGGCUGGGCCGGGCUUUGGGGGGGGAGGCGAGCCAAAAACACACGGGGGGUGGGAGCUGCCCGGGGGCGCGGAGAGUGAGGGGCGCCCCGCCCCGCCCCCCCAUUGCCCCUUGCCCUUCGGGGGGAGGGGCGCUCCAGCCUCCCCGGGAGGAGGCCCCCCUCGCCGGGCAAGGCGGCUACGCGAGGCCGGGGCUUUUGCGGCCUACCCCGCCUGCGAGGAGGAGGAGAAGGCGCUGGUCCCCGGCGCUCCCCCUUCCUUCCCUUCCCUUCCCUUCCCUCCCUCCGCAUCUCUUCUUCUCCCAGCCCAGCCAGUCCAGCAGAUAUGAUGGAAGAAUUGCAUAGCCUGGACCCACGACGGCAGGAACUGCUAGAGGCCAGGUUCACCGGAGCAGGUGUUGCAAAGGGUCCAUUAAACAGUGAAUCUUCCAAUCAGAGUUUGUGCAGCGUGGGCUCUCUAAGCGAUAAGGAAUUGGAGACUCCUGAAAAAAAACAGAAUGACCAGCGCAACAGAAAGAGGAAAGCAGAGCCCUUUGAGACCAGUCAAGGCAAAGUUGUCACUCCGAGGGGGCAUAAAAUUAGCGAUUAUUUUGAGUUUGCUGGGGGAAGCGGUCCCGGAACGAGCCCUGGGAGAAGCGUGCCACCGGUUGCACGAUCGUCACCACAGCAUUCCUUAUCGAAUCCCUUACCUCGGCGGGUGGAGCAGCCGCUUUACGGGGUCGAGAGCAGCGCGGCCAAGGAGUUUCAGGAGGAGCAGUCUGCCCUGCCAACGCUGGUGUCGGCGAUGCUGGCGAAACAGCGGCUAGAGGGCGAGCAGCUGGCCCAGAGAGGUGUAAGCCUCUGUUUCCCGUUUACUGCGGCCCAGCAGGGCAGCCCUUCUUCGACAAGUUCGGGGAACACAGAGCAUUCCUGCACCUCCCAAAAACAGAUUUCCGUCCAUCAUAAACAGACGCAGUCUGAUCUCACAGUGGAGAAAAUAUCUGCACUAGAAAACAGUAAAAACUCUGAUUUGGAAAAGAAAGAAGGAAGAAUAGACGACCUACUAAGAGCCAACUGUGACUUGAGGCGGCAGAUAGACGAACAACAGAAAAUGCUUGAGAAGUACAAAGAACGGUUGAAUAGAUGUGUAACGAUGAGCAAGAAACUCCUUAUAGAAAAGGUGAGUUUGGAAAAGAUGGCGUGCCGAGAUAAGAGCAUGCAGGAUCGGCUACGGCUGGGUCACUUUGCCACCGUCCGGCACGGGGCCUCUUACACUGAGCAGUGGACGGAUGGUUACGCUUUUCAGAACCUCAUCAAGCAACAGGAGAGGAUAAAUUCCCAAAGGGAAGAGAUCGAACGGCAGCGGAAGAUGCUAGCCAAGCGGAAGCCCCCCGCCAUGGGGCAGGCCCCUCCCACGAGCAACGAGCAGAAGCAGCGCAAGAACAAGACCAACGGAGCGGAAAACGAGGCAUUAACGCUAGCGGAAUAUCAUGAACAAGAAGAAAUCUUCAAACUCCGGCUAGGUCAUCUUAAAAAGGAAGAAGCAGAGAUCCAGGCGGAAUUGGAGCGGCUAGAAAGGGUUAGAAAUCUACAUAUCAGGGAAUUAAAAAGGAUACAUAAUGAAGAUAACUCACAAUUUAAAGACCAUCCAACACUAAACGACAGAUACUUGUUGCUACAUCUUUUGGGUAGAGGGGGUUUUAGCGAAGUAUAUAAGGCGUUCGAUUUAACGGAACAGAGAUAUGUAGCGGUAAAAAUUCAUCAGUUAAACAAAAACUGGCGGGACGAGAAGAAAGAGAACUACCACAAACAUGCAUGUAGAGAAUAUCGAAUCCACAAAGAACUGGAUCAUCCUCGCAUAGUUAAGCUGUAUGACUACUUUUCGCUGGAUACGGACUCGUUUUGUACGGUGUUAGAAUAUUGUGAAGGGAAUGACCUGGACUUCUACCUGAAACAGCACAAGCUAAUGACUGAGAAGGAAGCCCGGUCUAUAAUCAUGCAGAUUGUGAAUGCUUUAAAAUAUUUAAAUGAAAUCAAGCCACCCAUUAUUCACUACGAUCUCAAGCCAGGUAACAUCCUUUUGGUGAACGGUACUGCAUGCGGGGAGAUCAAGAUCACCGACUUUGGCCUCUCCAAGAUCAUGGACGACGAUAGCUAUAACUCCGUCGAUGGCAUGGAGUUGACGUCGCAAGGGGCUGGCACUUACUGGUAUUUGCCCCCGGAGUGUUUUGUGGUUGGGAAAGAGCCUCCAAAGAUUUCAAAUAAAGUUGACGUCUGGUCAGUGGGAGUCAUCUUCUACCAGUGCCUCUACGGCAGAAAGCCUUUUGGACACAACCAGUCCCAACAAGACAUUCUGCAGGAGAACACGAUCCUUAAAGCUACAGAAGUGCAGUUCCCUCCAAAGCCAGGGGUCACACCAGAAGCAAAGGCGUUUAUCAGGCGCUGCUUGGCCUACCGGAAAGAGGAUCGGAUAGACGUUCAGCAGUUGGCCUGCGACCCCUACUUGCUCCCCCACAUCCGCAAAUCGGUGUCCACGAGCAGCCCAGCGGGGGCUGCGGUCGCCUCCACCUCCGGCUCCUCGAAUAACAGCUCUUCAAACUGAGCGGGGACAAACAGGCCCGGCCACGAAAAAAGAAAAAGGUAAAAAAAAGAAAAAGAAAAGAAGUUAACCGGAACUGCAGAAAGCGAGCGAGAGAGACGGACAUUUGGAAAAGCGGCCUUGGGACUGGGUGCGAGGAUUCUGCGGAAGGGCCUCGUGAAACCGGCGUCAAGCGCUUUGUUUUUUUUCCCUCUUGCGUUCUCGUCCCAUCCCUCGAGCGAGGCGUCGUCGGCUCUCGGCGAGGAUCCGCGGCGGCUUAGCCCGGCUGCACGGUCAAGGCGGUCGGUCGGUCGGCUGCAGAAGCGCGGCCCGCUUUGGGCAAGAGAGGGAAUCGAGGGUUCCACGGACUGUGAACUUCCAGACCCCCGCAGGGCCAAGGUGUGGAUCUACGAUGCGGGGCGCACGCACACACACACACACUUGGUGUGGUGAGCGGUGGACUCGGGGGCAGGGGGGAAGAGGCUGGACUCAGUCCACUGUCGAUAUUUAAAAAAAAAAAUGUUCUUUUAAAUGCAAUUUUAGGCUACGUCCCCUCGGGAGGGAAGGCGGGGGGGACCACAGAGGUGAUGCGGUGAGGUUCUGCUGGAGGGUCUAGCCUCUCUCAUCCUCUUGGUACCCUUUGCAAGGGAGCGCGGAGAUCCAGCCGGUUGGCGGCACUAGUCAUUAGCGCGUUACCCCAAACGAUUUCUUUUUUUUUUUUUUUAACAUAACUCUUUUUACUGGUUAUAAGGUGAACUAACUAGUAGGUUGAUGUGGCAGCCCCUCCCCCCCCCUCUUCACCCCCCCCCCCCUCAGCCUGGCGUCUGUUCAGGGACGGAGAACUACAAUUUAGUACCGAGGUGGCGUGGCAGCCGCGAGCACAUAGGAUUCUCUCGCCUCCUCUCCCGGAACUGCUUCUUGGCGACUAUUUGGCAGUUAUUCCCCUCCCCCCCCCCCCCCCCCCCCCCGCAAUGUAAAUCUGCCUGUUAAAGAGGGGGGGCAGAGACAUAAUUUGGUUUCCUUCCUCUUGGAAGUCUUUUGGAGGACAGAUCAGAACCAGCACCCGUGGAUGCUGAUUCCGAGACGUCUCUCUAGCUACGCCACCUCUUUCCCCCCACACACGCCUCACCUUCCCACUCUUUGGUUUCUGUGCUAUCUCGGACGCAUCAGCUACAGUUAAUGCAAACUGAAGGAAAACCCAUCCUUAAGAACAAGCUGGUUUUCUGGUCCCGAAACAUUGGGUGGGUGUGUUCAUCCCUUGGCGGCUCGAGAUGUUUUGUUUUUAACGUCCCUACCUUGUUCCCGAUUCCUUCCCUCCUAGAGAGAACAUUAAAACCAAAGACUAAUCCAGUUUCUUGAAACUUGUGGCAGAAUGCUACAUCCAUAUGUGGCCACAAUCUCUUUUUUUUUUUUUUUUGUCUUCUGAAAAUAGUCAACGCCACUGGAUGCCGCGGCCCUUUGGCCAAGGUGUCCGUCCCGUACCCGCCCCUGGUCCUACCUCCAUCUUUCCUCCAUAACUAGCCACAGGGAGCGAUGCUCAUGGGAGCUUCAGGGGCAGGCCACGCGGAAGACGUGAGGCGCGACAAGGAGCGCGGGAGCACCGCAAGGAAGCAGUCGUGGUGCACACAGGUGCUCACCUGUAGCGACUUUUGCAGGGCAGGUAGGGAGAUCUAGACGCUCAAAUAUCCAGGAAUUGAUAACACCAUCCUGGCCAGUAGUGAAAGCAGUGCUCAAAUGGCCUAGGAGAAGCAUGUACCCAAAGAAGCAAGAAGACUUAAGUAUGCCGUGAGUACAACUUCUGAUACUAAGAGAGAGCGCAUGUCUUCUGCUGCUUUGUUGUUGUUUUAAUCCAACCCUGAAAAGGCGCCGUGAGUGAUGAGAACAGGAGGCGCUUCUCGUGAGUUUGAGAUGUUCUAUGCCUUGGAACCAAAAGAGGAUUGGGAAGAACGUACCAUCUUUUGAUCGUUCGUCGGGUCUGUCAGUGGAGUAUCUGGUAUCCUUUCUACUGGCAGAAGGCCUCUAUUUGACUGGGGGUCAGUGGGGGUUGGGGAGCAUAAGACCUGAAUCCUCCAGGUUUUUCCCUCUGGUACAGCUUAAUUCUCUUUUCCGACAUUGUCUCCCCCAGCCCAUCUAGUCGUUGGUUUCCUCUGAACAUCUCCAGAAGAGAACACACAGCUAGAUGCUUCCCCUUUUCCCACCCGCCCUCCAGUCCUUAGCUGCAAAGCAAACUGGUACCUGUUAUUCUGGGGGAGGGGGCCUUAUUCCCAGGCGGUUCCCCCGGAACGCAGCUUGGAAUCCCAUCAGACCCGUUAGAAAGCAAAGGCCAAUUUCUGUCCUGUGGGGACCGGCACGGCCUCCUUUUCCCACCCCUUUACGUCUCAGCCGGUUUGAAGCAGGGAGGUGUUUUCUUAUUUCCCCGUCAUUGUUCUGAAGACGUGCAAGAGCCCCGUCCUCGUCCGAGCAUCAGCCUUUAGCUUUCUUGCCUUAGAAACCACUCCAGAAGCAGGUUAAAAUUUGCAUCCGUAAUACUUGAUCGUCCAGAGAGAACCCCUGACCCCUGUGGAUUUAAAAUUUUCAGAAAGGCCCAACCCCGCUUUUGGCCAAGCCUUCCCUCCCGCCCCCACCGCUGCCCCCGUGGAUUAGGGCUUUCAAGAGAUCCCAAGUUCCCAGCGGUGCCUCAGGAGGUCACCUGAAGCCUAGUUUUGUGGCAUUCCCAAGCAAAACAGGCUUGUGCGUCACUUGGGGUGAGAAGCAGAUUGUGACUUUCCUCCCUCCCCCCCCCCCCCCCGUCUUUAUUUUUGAAUAAAGCUGUUGCUAAAAUGGGUUUUUAUUUCAGAUAACUAAUCCUUUUUAUUGCCACACAGUUCAUUUUAUUGAAAAUAAAAAGAAAAGUAUGGGUUUGUAACUUGAAACUAGGCCAGACUGUUUUGGCUUUGCCCAACAGAUGAAAAUAUGGAUAUUAAACAAGUUUUAAGAUACUGAA